AUGGCGCAAAAUAAUUACGACGCACAUCCAGACAUAGCAAAACUCAAGCCGUGGACGGAGAUGAUGUUUACAGGCGACAGUUUCAGCAUCCUGAAAUAUGACCGAGAUAUCUACUCGCUUAUAAAAAGCGGUCUGGUAAACGUCCAUGUUGGAGAGCUGGAUCAACUCAGCGCCAGCAAGGUACACCUUGCAGACGGUACCGAGUUCGAAUCGGAUGUUCUCGUCGCCAACACGGGCUGGAAGCACGUGCCGAGCAUCAAAUUCCUACCCGAAGGCAUCGAGGCCGAGCUUGGUAUCCCACACCAGCCGACAGAGUCUGGGUCCGCACCGCCGCAAGACCUUGCAAACCAACAUGCCCUAGUCGAAGCCGCCGACAGAGAAAUCCUGCAGCGGUUUCCCCAGCUGAGGCGCCAGCCGGUGUGGAAUGCGCACUACAAGCCAAUAACGGAGCAGAAAGGCAUCAGCACCGACACCGCCGACGAGGUGACGCCGUAUACUCCGCUGACGCCAUACAUGCUGUACCGCUUCAUGGUGCCUGCGUCGGCCCGAUUCCUGCGUACGCGCGAUAUUGCAUUCGCGGGCAUGAUGUCGAAUCUCAGCAACGCGCUCAGGGCGCAUAUUUGCGGGCUGUGGAUCAGCGCCUUCUUCUCCGGGAAGCUGGCCAUCGACACUGACACUGACACCGACCCAGGCGCCCCGGCCUCGGCCUCGGCCUCGGAGUCGCCGGAAGACGGGAACAUAGAGAGGAGGAUCAGAAGACUGCAGUACGAAACCGUGUUGUUCAACCGCUGGGGCAAGUGGCGCUACCCGACGGACUGGGGAACCAAGCGGCCGAACUUCGUGUUCGACGCCGUGCCCUGCUUCGACCUGCUGCAGAGGGACCUUGGGCUCAACCAAUACCGCAAAGGCGGCUGGUUCGCCGAGAUGACGCAGGUGUAUGGCCCGGCGGAUUACGAGGACAUCACCGACGAGUGGAUGCGGAAGCAGAAGGAUUGA